AGCAAAGAAAGUGUUCUGUUGGGUUGUUGGUCACCAUCUAAAAACCCAACUUCACCUUCCUAUCUUAUUCUUCAAAUAAUCUCAACUUUCUUUAACGUAACCAAUAUUAAAUACUCUUCAAUUCCACCAUCUAUGAAGCACGAAUAUCUCUAGGACCUAAAAAAAUCGAUGAAGCAAUAAACUCGAAUUCUUGAGUUUAUUUAGUACAAUUCAUUUCAACCUAGCUAUUAUGGGGUUUUCUAAGCAUGUUCCAUGUUCAUCAUCGAGUUUUUCACGUGUAGAAGAACGAGAAGAAGAUGGAGAAAUCGCGCAUGGAGGUGUUACACAUGAUCAAAUAAGGCCAGUAAGAGAAUUUUCAACUUCAAUGGUAGUAAGGAUGGCAAUGAGAGUAUCAAGAGCAAAAUGGUUUAAUUUCCUUAGAAGGGUUUUUCAUUACCAAAAUGGAUCAAGAUCUCACCUUGGAGAAAAUCCUUUUAAUUCUUAUGGGUGGAUGAUGCUUGAAUUUGUAACACUUUUGGUACAAAUUUGCAUUACUAUGAUCACUCUUUUUGUUUCUAAGGCAGAGAGACCUGUGUGGCCUAUGAGAAUAUGGAUUGUUGGGUAUGAUUUUGGUUGUGUUAUGAGUCUUUUCAUCCUCUUUUGGAGGUAUAGACAUUACCAUUUGGGACAAGGAGAUGAUGGAUUAAACUUUUCUUAUUUGGAACAGCAGAGAAACAAUGAAGAAUCAAGGGUUUUGCAUUUGGUGAACAAAUGCAGGGCAUCUCUAGACUUGUUCUUUGCAAUGUGGUUUGUGAUGGGCAAUGUGUGGAUAUUCGACUCGCGAUUCGGGUCCUUCAACCGGGCUCCAAAACUUCACAUCCUUUGCAUAAUCAUAUUAACUUGGAAUGCCAUAACCUACUCUUUUCCUUUCCUUCUCUUUCUUCUGCUUUGCAUUUGUGUUCCAUUAGUUAGUAGCUUCAUUGGGUAUAAUAUGAGCUUGGGUUCUGCUGAAAAAGGGGCUUCUGAUGAUCAAAUUUCACAGUUACUCUGCUGGACAUAUAAACCAGUUGACAGCAGCGUAGAUACUGAGAAACCCUCCCCUACCAAGGACAAUCCAGAUUGUUGUAUAUGCCUAGCAAAGUACAAGGACAAAGAAGAGAUAAGGCAAUUGCCAUGUUCUCAUAUAUUCCACAAAAAAUGUGUGGACCAAUGGCUCAGGAUUAUAUCCUGUUGUCCUUUAUGUAAACAAGGAUUAGAUAGCUAAAUGUAAAUAUAUAUGAUGAUGAAAGGCUAAUUAACCACAUAUGAGUCCCUUAUAACAACUAAAUACAUUGGGGUGUAUACUUAUAUUGUACAGCUUGUAAGUGUUAACCAGCUAGCAGAUCUUGUUAUGUAAAAGUAAGAGUAUGUGUGUGUGAUGAAAUUGUAGUUAGGAUAGUCUUCACAAGAAUGUAAGAAUUUGAAUUUCUAUUAUGAAUGAGAAUUGAUGAGAUCUUGGAUUUUGUUUUUUAAUUCAAGAUCUUAAGUUCCUCGAUCU